AACAAACUAGAACCAUGGCUUUCCUGCCCAUCUUCCUCCUACUCUGCGCCGCCUCCAAAACCAUCCCCACGUUUUCCACCACCGCCUAUCCAUCCGUACCUGGUGUUGAAACCUCCGAUUGCUCACCGUCCAACAAUUAUGACGACCUUAUCCCGGUUCGUCGAGAAAUAUAUGACGGUGGCCGAAUCAUCGAUAUCAGCCAUAGGUACACCCCGGACAUGCCGUAUUGGGGAUCAAGGGAUGGACUGGGCCAGUUCCUCUGGCUCGCGGCUAGCAUGAAGAACGGCUCGCUCGCUAACGCCUCUGUAAUGAAGUUGCCCGCUCACGGCGGCACGCACGUCGACUCCCCCGGCCAUAUGAUUGACCGCUACUUCGACUCCGGCUUCGACGUUGACACGCUUGACUUGGAAGUGCUCAACGGUCCGGCGUUAUUAGUUGAUAUUCCAAGGGACAAGAACAUUACCGCUGAAGUUAUGAAGUUUUUGAAUAUUCCCAGAGGAGUACGGCGUGUCCUUUUCAAAACAUUAAAUACUGACCGGCGGCUUAUGUUUAAAAAGGAGUUCGACACAAGCUUCGUGGGAUUCACAACGGAUGGGACAAAAUGGUUGAUUGAGAACACUGACAUAAAACUUGUUGGAAUUGAUUACUUAUCUACUUCUGCCUAUAAACAUGCACUCCCGUCUCAUCAUCUCUUUCUGGAAAGCAGGGAAAUCAUCCUUUUGGAAGGCCUAAAGCUCGAUGACGUCCCGGCAGGAAUAUACAAUGUCCAUUGCUUACCUCUUAGGUUGCUUGGGGCAGAAGGAUCUCCGACAAGAUGCAUCCUUAUCAAAUAAUAAUCUUGUUGAAACAGCAUUGGCUCCAGGAAGUAUAUAUCGAUCGAGUGGAACAAGAUCAUUGGCUCCAGGAAGUAUAUAUCGAUCGAGUGGAACAAGAUUAGUCUAGAGACAAGUAUACUUGUGCCUCGGUAAUAUUUACAGGAAACAGCAACAUGAUUAUACGUACGUUAAUUAUAAAGUUUCUUUUAAUAUAUAUAUUUUUCUAUAAUAAUAAGUAUAUAUGGCACAGUUAGUUACUGUAAUAAACAGUACAUUCUAAUUUUGUUUC